AUGAAGUUUGGACGGAAUCUCCCGCGCAACCAGGUCCCCGAGUGGGCUUCUUCUUACAUCAACUACAAAGGCCUCAAGAAGCUCGUCAAGGCCGCUGCUGAGAAGGCUCGUAAUGGAGAGGCAGUGGACCCAGCAGAACUGUUCUUUGCCCUCGACCGCAAUCUCGAGGAUGUCGACUCUUUUUACAACAAAAAGUAUGCUGAGGCGUGCCGUCGCCUCAACCUUCUUCACAACCGCUACGGCAGCGUCCCUGAUGUUGUAGCUACUCUCGACCAGGAUGAGGUGGAGGAAGUCAUGGGAGCUCUGCUCGAGCUCCGAGCACAGUUCAGGAACCUCCAAUGGUUCGGCGAGAUUAACCGCAGAGGCUUCGUCAAGAUCACCAAGAAGCUAGACAAGAAAGUCCCCGGCAUCUCGUCCCAGCACAGCUACAUCUCCACCAAAGUCGACCCCAAGCCGUUUGCAAAGGACGGCAACAUCUCGAGGCUGCUGAAUGACAUCAACCGCUGGCUGUCCGUCCUUGGUGACUCCCAGAACACGGACGACUCCAGGUCGGAUCGUUCCACUCGGUCCCUGGGACGAGCCUCCGCAAAGGCUAUGCUGAAUCUCCCCCAGGCUCAGCUUGACGUGCUUGAUCAGGCAGUCCGCAGCGAUGAAGUCGAGGCGCUGAAGGCUGGUCUUACUGAGUCAACGAUUGGGUCAGAGCUGCAGAGGCAAAGCCUGCUGCUCAACUUGCUUCAACGCUCCAUCUCGGCCCGUUCGCGGAAGUGCAUUACGCAUCUUUUGUCGCAGCUGAAGAGCCUCGACGAGCCGGACGACAUCAAUGGCCGCAACUGCAUUCACCGCCUCGUCAUUCACAUUGGAAGGACCAAGUCCUCGCCUCAGGACGACGAUAGCGUUAGCGCAUAUCCCGUGCCCGUCGGGUCUCACUUCACCAACAAGCACUUGCAGCCGGCGGUUUCGUCUACCGUCCCCGUCAAGGCCAUCAACACCAAAGAGUCUAAUCUCUUGAGCAAGGACGAUGAGGCGGUGCAGCUGCUGAUCUUCCUGUUGGACCAGCUCAGCCCUGAUCAGAGGAUCGCGCUCAAGAGCCGGGAUUCGUUCGGUCGCCUGCCUCUGCACUAUGCUGCCCAAUUCGGGUUCGUCAUCAUCUGCCAGAUCAUCAUGAAGAAGAUGCAAGAUUGGAACCAGUUUGAUUCCAAAGACGGCAUUGACGCACCCGAGUGGCAAGACAGCGAGGGCUUUGCGCCCCUGCAUCUCAGCGUCAUCGGGGGACAUCCCUUGACCACGCAGGCUCUGCUCCAGGGCGAGAACUGGCAAGGAAGCAGCGAAGCCAAGGUACAGCUCCGGAAGACGGUGCCCAAAUCUGGCGCGGUGCUGGCGUUGGCCACAAAAUCGAACUACGAGCCCAUUGUCGAGAUGCUUGUCAAGGCAGGCGUCGACAUCAACUGGACCGACAAGACGGGCGAGACGGCGCUGCACGUCGCUGCCCGGUUCAAUCAUGUGGGCUGCGCUCGGAUCAUUGUCAACGGGAGCGAAUCUCAAAAGGCCGAUCUCGAGAUUGCCGAGAACUCGUACUCAUGGACACCUCUGCAUGUUGCUGCCGUCGACGGUUCCAUCACUGUCGUGCAGCUCCUGAUCGAUAGUGGCGCCGAUGUGUCUCGUCCGGACGCUUCCGGCUGGACUGCAAAGGAGCAUGCGGCACUCCGUGGCCACAUGGAUAUUGCGCGACUGCUUGCCGCGCAUACGGACGAGGAGGAAGCUGCUUCGCGUGUUGCUGCCGGGAUGCAGCCGUCCGGCAACUCGCCCGAGAACUCUUCCAUCGACGAGCGACGUUCUAACGGAGCAAACGCUAACAGCGGGCCUCGGCCGGCUGAGCCUGUCAAGAGUUUCGGUCACCGCUAUUUGACAAACGAAAGCCUGGUGCUUGUCAGUCUCGGGUCGAUGGACAUUCGCAAGACGACGGAUGCCGUCCACCUGGACCGUGUUCCUCUCAAUGAGGCACAUAACACGCAGCUCGACACGGCGCUUUCCGUUGUCAUCAGCGCCAAUGGGGCUGUUGGCGAGGCGACCGUGGUAGACCUGCCGGUCCACGAGAGCAUCGCGACGGAGCCUGUCGUCUUCACGACGCAGGAUGCCACCAACGUUAAACUACUCUUUGACAUCGUCCCGACGUACUCUGGAGGAAGCGGGAAGAACAAGAUCGGUCGCGCCGUGGCGCUACUGUCAUCUAUCAAGCCGACCUUGGGCACCCAACGGAUGAAUCUCCAGGGCGACGUCUGUGUGCCCAUCAUGUCGGGCAACCUCGACGUCAUCGGCACCGUCAACUUCAAUUACGUCGUCAUUACACCCUUCCACCAUCCCAACAUGGAAAUUACGUCGCGGCAGACGUACUGGAAGAAGAUGUCGUCGACGAUGCUCAUCGGCCACAGAGGACUGGGCAAGAACCUUACCUCCAACAAGUCCCUGCAGCUCGGCGAGAAUACGCUGCCGUCCUUCAUCGCAGCAGCCAACCUAGGUGCCCAGUACGUCGAAUUCGACGUGCAACUUACCAAGGACCACGUGCCUGUCAUCUACCACGACUUCCUCGUCAGCGAGACGGGUAUCGACGCCCCCGUCCACACGCUCACCCUGGAGCAGUUCCUGCACAUCAAUCCCGAUAAGGGGAGGGAUAGAAUCCACCAAAACGGACCCAAGGUUGCGAAUGGACGAGGCGGCUCACCCCGGCCGCGAAGCCACAGCUUCACGCCUAAGCGGUCGCUGUCCAUGGGCUACGCCGGGACCGGGCACGCGGAGAUGGAGGAGCGCAUGAAGCACACUCGCGACUUCAAGGAGAAGGGCUACAAGGCCAACUCGCGCGGCAACUUCAUCCAGGCUCCGUUUGCGACUCUGGAGGAUCUGUUCCGCAAGCUGCCCGAGGAGAUUGGCUUCAACAUUGAGAUGAAGUACCCCAUGCUGCACGAGAGCGAGGAGCACGAGAUGGACACGUACGCAGUCGAGCUCAACUCGUUCUGCGACACGGUGCUGUCCAAGGUCUACGACCUGGCCGGAGAACGACACAUCAUCCUCAGCUCCUUCAACCCAGACAUUUGCCUGUGCCUCAGCUUUAAGCAGCCUUCGAUACCGAUUCUCUUCCUCACGGACGCCGGGUGCAGCCCGGUCGGCGACAUCCGAGCUUCUUCACUGCAGGAGGCAAUUCGGUUCGCCAGCCGGUGGAACUUGCUGGGAAUUGUGUCGGCGGCAGAGCCACUCAUCAACAGUCCACGCUUGGUCAAAGUGGUCAAGGAGUUGGGGUUGGUGUGCGUCAGCUAUGGCGUACUCAACAACGACCCAGCCAUGGUACAGCGACAAGUCAAGGAGGGCAUCGACGCCGUCAUCGUCGACAGCGUUCUGGCAAUUCGCAAGGGCCUGACGACUGCAGAGUCGGCCAGCGGAGAGCAAACACGAGCGGCAACUACUCCCGAGUCAGAAAAGGAGCUCAAAACAUUAGAGGAGGGGCAGUGA